ACAUGAUAUGAUAAUUAAUAAUCACUCACUCUCUCUCUCUCUGUGUUAACUAAGAAACCAAAACCAAACAAACCACCAUUGCAAAAAAGCUGAAUAAUUCCUCUACAGUACUUUUACUACAGUACAGUAGAAAUAUAAAACAAGGGGGGUGUACAGUAGAGUAGAUGGGUGCAGUUACCAUUGACGGCGUUGCAGAGAAACUCAUUCCGUGCCAUCAUUAUUAAUUUCUGCUUUCUUUUAUUUUUCUUCUUCUUUUGGUUAAGAAAUAGUUUUUCUUUAAAAGCUGCAAAAACUACUCCACAAGAUCAUACUAUAUACUUGAGAGACACUUCCACUCACUCAUCACACACCACAAAAGUCACAAACACCUACACUAGUGUUACAUAACAUUGUUUUUUUUUUUUGACUAAUAGUGUUACUUAACAUUAUUAAGCAACAAAGUAAAGCUAAUAUAUAUGUCUUAAUUAAUUACCGAUCCAUUAUAUAUAGCUUAUUAGCUUUCAUAGAUUUUUUAGUUAUAGUUCUACUAUGGAUAUUUAUAAAUAAUAUAUUAAUAUUUUUAAUAAUUCAGUUUAUAGAUGAUAAAUUAGAUGAUAUGAUUUUGUAGUAGUAGUAGUAUUAGAGAGAUCUAUAAGAUAUGGGCAAAACCAAAACCACAACAAAGGUUGAACAGUUAUUAGAACAGUACUACUACUACUGCAUUUGGAGUGGGGUCAUAUAGUAGUGGAAGAAACUGUUUGUUGAAUUUGAGAUCAGUUUGAGUAGUGUAGAAGAAGAUUUGGUGAUAUUUAUGAUUAUGAUGAUGAGGCGUAGUGGAGGAAUGAAUUGUCAGGAUUGUGGGAAUCAAGCAAAAAAAGACUGUACACAUCUAAGAUGUAGAACUUGUUGUAAGAGUCGAGGGUUUCAUUGUCAAACACAUGUUAAGAGUACUUGGGUUCCAGCAGCUAAACGCCGUGAAAGACAACAACAACAUCAACAUCUCUCUAUGUUACAACAACAACAACACUUUCAUCGUCCUAAACGACACUCACUCAAUCAACAAGGGUUUGAGUUGGGACAAUUCCCACCUGAGGUGAGUUCUCCAGGAGUAACGUUUCGGUGUGUGAGAGUGAGUUCAUUGGACGGUCCAGAUCAUGAUCAAUGUGCAUAUCAAACGGCUGUGAACAUAGGAGGACAUGUUUUCAAAGGAAUUCUCUAUGAUCAAGGUCCUCCAAGUCUUUACACUAGUACUGCACCUAUUCAUGAGGGUUCUUCUGGUGGAGGAGGUCAUCAUCAACCUCAACAACUUGAUUUCUUAACUGCUGCAACAACAGCUACAACCACCGGUAUCUCGUUCGACCCUUCACUUUACUCCGCUCCACUAAAUGCUUUCAUGGCAGCAGCUGGUACACAAUUUUUCCACCCCCAACAUCCUAAUUGAUACAUGCCCCUCUACCUAUAUAUUUGAAUCAUAUUUAAAGUUGGAAUUGGAACCCUGUCUCUUUUUAUUUAUUUAACUAUAAGGGACUCUUGUUAGGACUAAUUAGGUUUAGUAAAUCUGGUUGUAAACAUAAGCUGAUGUAUCUAGAAGGAAACGUUGUUAAGAAUUUUAAAAAAUUAUUAUGAUUUAUGACAAUGGUCCUGGUGGUGGUGGUGCAUGAAAUUAAUGGGGACAAGGAUGUAAUUUAGUUUUAA